AUGACACACGCGCUCGAGGUCGGCACCCUCGGCGGGUACGCCGCGAUCUGGAUGGCGAGCGAGAACCCGCAGCUACACGUCACGAACAUUGAGCACAAUGCGCACCAUGCAGCGGUGGCACAGCGGAACAUCGCGCAGGCGGGGUUGGCGGCGCGGAUCGAGGUGAUCCAGGGUGCUGCGCUGGACGUGCUCCCGCGGCUGCGGGAGGUGCAGAUAGGCGACCGGCCGCGGUUCGUAUUUGUGCUUGACACAAGGUGA